UAAUGCCAUUUUGCACCUUAUAAAACAAAACAGAAAGUAACAUACCAUACGUAUUUUUGUAUUUUCACCUAAUCAAUCAUAUGUCCGCACUUUCAUCUUUUGCAAAACCCAUUUCAGUUACAUGAAUCAUACUCAUUUUCACUCACCAAAUCAUUAUUUUCUCUCUUCCUUACACAAAAUUCUUUGUUUCUUUUGAGUGUGUAUUGUGUGUCUGUGUGUGAUGGGUUCUGAGGGAAAUCAACAGAGCAACAUACCAAGGCUCCCUUUGUUCUCUACUCCACCAGCAAUGCAUAUGAAGUCGUCUCCAGAGAGAUCAGGGACGGUGACUCCACCGCUGCAAACCUCGGGUUCGGUACCGUUCCGAUGGGAGCAAGAACCUGGAAAACCAAAGCUAUGCAAUGCAAUUGUCACCUACAUCAAUCCAUCUGACAAGAGUUUAGAGCUUCCUCCAAGGUUGUUAGUAGUACCUUCGCCCACGCUAUUGCAGCAGGGUCCUUAUGUAACCAGCAAUAGAUUCCGGUCACCGUCUUUUAGAACAGAAGACAACACCAAUUGCUAUGGUUCUUCUGGUACUAAGAGUAUUCUUCUCAAAGGAGACAGUGGUUGGUUCGGUUCAUGGAGAAAAAAUGUCAAAAGAGAUCAGGUCAUUGGAGGUAGUCAUGUCUUUCCAUCUUCUUCUACUGGCAAUGCAGACACUGCUGUCACUCACAACAACAAGAUGAUGAAACGUUCUGGGAGCUCUUCCAGCUUCUCUCAUCGUGGAAAGGCUCGUGUUUGGUUUGCAUUUGCAGACAAGCAUCCGUGACGGGAUGAAGCAGGUGGUUACACUUCAAUGGAGGAACAAAAAGCCGAAGAAGAAGAAAGAUGGAAGUAGCCUUAAGCAUUGAGAUUUUGUUGGUGGGUUAAAAUCAACUAUAUUACAGUAGAAGACACAGCACAACCAGCUUAUUCUGUUGCAUCACUACUGUGGAAAAAAAAGUGUGUGUGGGGUUAGUUCAUAUUGUUUUCUAGUGGAAUGGUGAUGAGUUGUACAAGAUUUUUAAAAUUAUAAUCAUGUCUCUUUUCUCA